AGAAACGAAAGCGUUUGGAACAUCCGAAAACGUCAAGCGGAAUAAUAUCCGUGGAUUUUGCUUUCUGACUCGCUUUCGAGUUUGCUCCUGUUUUUGCUUCCAGUACUUCAGCACGGAGAAAUAUAAUACCGCUGAAGCGUUCGAAUUUGAAUGCGUAAAGCGCGAAAAACAAACGCGCGUACUCUUGAAUCGUAAAAGGAUUAUCGGAGUGUCGGAAGACAUGCCAAGCACCAUCAAGGUAUUCGACGGCACCGUCGUUCACACGUUGGAAGUUUCUCAGGAAGAUGCUGCAAAGGCUAAUCAAGAUUCGCUAUUUGCGUCGCAACUUAUGCAUAAUUAUGAAGCGAUAAUUGUGCACAGUCCUGAUCAACCAGUUGCUGAAGAGACAGAAUCUUCUGGCAAUAAUUCAUUAUCCCAUACCACGGUGCAAGAAUUUUCUCAAGAUUUUUCUCAAGAUUCUUCUCCAGAAAAAGAUGGUUUUCGUUGGCCGCACGAGGCAAUUCUUUUACUUCUCACAGUAUAUAAAGAUCAGGAACACCAAAUUAUAUCUGGAACGAUGACAAUGAAAAAGUUUUGGUCUAUAAUUGCUUCUCAAUUAAUCAAAAAAGGUUACAAUGUUAAUGCUUCUCAAUGUAAAAGUAAAAUGGCAGGUUUGAAAAAUACCUACAAAAGUGUGAAAGAUCAUAAAGGAAGGAGUAAAUAUAACAAAUAUCGAACAUGGCGAUACUAUGACAUUAUGGAUGAAAUAUUCAAGAGAAGACCAUGGGUGACUAAGGUUCUUACAUCAGAUAGUCCAACUUCGUCUGCUGAAUAUAAUGUUGAUAAUAAGAAAAGAAAUCAAUCACCAUGUAAAACUGAAUUGCCUCCCAAGCGCUUAAAACAGUUUGACAUGUUGGAAAAUAUAAUUGCCGUCACAGAAGAAAAUACCUCUAUACGAAGAAAGAUGCAUGAAGAAGCAAUGGUUCGUCAGGAUAAAUUACUUGAUAUCCUAGGGAAGAUACCCAGUAACAAUUCAAAUUCGUCGUCUGUUGAAAACAAUGCUAAUAAUGAAAGAAGCAGAUCCUUCAAAACGGAAUUGUCUUCCAGAUACGUGAAACAAUAUGCCUUGUUGGAAAGGAUAAUUACUGUUAUGGAGGAAAGUACAACUGAACGGAAAAGGAUGCAUGAAGAAGCCAUGGCUCGUCAAGAUAAAUUACUCGACAUUCUGGAAAAAAUACUUAAUAAAUAGCAACGUGACAUAUAUAUAUAUAUAUAGUCUGAUUGAUCCAUGCAUAGAAAGUUUUGUGAUAUUAUUUUGUACUAAAAACGGUAAUUUUUUUUCUUUAUUCUAUAUUAGAAGGUUUUCAUUCUUUCAUGUGUGGAUAGAGAUAGAAAAGUUUUAUUGAUAAUAUAAUAGUACAAUUUACGUAUUUUAUUAAAAAAUUACAUUUUAUUUUAUUAUAAAGUGUGAGAAAUGAAUAAAUUAUGUAUA